CCCUGUACUUCGUUUGCGAAAUGACAGCAUACACAACCAUCUGUCAUCACUUUCAUAAUCCAGUUAUAUAUGAAAAAUAAAUCAGUAUGUAACUGGGGGCUCAGGAGAAGGUGUUGCUGGUUAUACUGGGAGGGGCAGCGGUCCCAGUCAGCAACUCACUUCCGGUUGUGUUUUGUAACAGUUUGAUAAGUACUUACAUAACUUCAGAUGAGGAGUGAGAAAGAUCGGAGAGAAGACUGGUGAGAAGGUUAACCAGUCUGACACCAACCUGGACCACCAGACAGGUGAAGGUUAAACUAAAACCUCCUGGUCUGAGAUGUCUGCAGUGAGGCGGUCAGUGAGCGAGGCCUUCUGGGCCAUGUGUGCUGCAGACUCCAUGUCCAUGCCAGUCCACUGGUACUACAACAUCCAGGACAUCAGGAGGGACUUUGGAGGCUGGAUAUCAGGGUUUAACACGCCUGCAGACAGACACCCGUCCAGCAUCCUGAGUCUGUCCAACACAGCCGGCAGCGGUCGGAGUGCCUGGUCCACUGGGGCAAAACGAGCUGAUGUUGUUGGUAACAUCAUCCUACAUGAGAAGCUGGAACUGUGGAGGUUCUCCAAUGGCUCGGUCCACUAUCACCAAGGUCUUCAGGCUGGAGACAACACCCUGAACAUCCUCUGCUCGCUCCGAGUUGCUCGGACGAUUGUCUCCAGGCGUUUCACUGACGUCUCCCAGCCGGACGCUCGUGGUGCCGUUUUGUCCGACUACGUCCAGUUCCUGACCACGCCCGGCUCACACGCAGACACCUACGCCGAGUCCUUCCACCGCUCGUUCUUCGCAGACUGGCAGGAUAGCAGACCGACUUCUCCAAGUGAGGUUCUAAGAUUUGCAGAGAAACGAUCCAAACAGAUGCUGAGCUCCCAACAUCCUGACAGCCAGCUGGAUGCCAUCGGUUGCCUUCCCAUGAUUCUGCCCUUUGUGUUGUUGUCUGCUUCCGCCAGUGAAGAUCAAGCUGUUUCAGCAGCUGUGGAGUUCGUGAAGCUCACCCAUCCUCACCCCAACGUGCCUGAGUAUGUGAAGAUCUACAGCCGGGCGCUGCAUGCCGUGCUGGGUGGAGGCAGCGUCCGCCAGCAGGCAGAGUAUGCUCUGAGGAGGCUGGAGGUCUGGGACACCUGCCAGAGCUACAGCUACAAGGCCUCCAGGUUUCCUGCAUCUUCUGAGGAGAGGCUGAAGGUCCACCAGAGUGCUGUAAACCAGCUGGGCCUGGCCUGCUACAACAGAGGGGCUUUGUCCAGCUUGUUCUUCCUCGCCUACGAGUUUCAUGAUGACCCUAAAGGAGGAAUCCUGACAAACACAAACUGUGGAGGUGAAAACUGUAACCGCGGGUCGGCGCUCGGGGCCCUGCUGGGGGCCGGGGCCGCCUACAGCGGAGGGGGCAUCCCUCAAGAGUGGAAGGAUGAACUGAGAGCAGCUCAGGAGCUCCUCCCCGACAUCCUGAAGAAGAUGCUUUGAGAGGAGGAGCUCCCCCUGCUGGAAAGGGGGACAACUGUUACAACAAGAGAAACGCGCUGCAGUUUUCUGGUUCCAGAACUUUUGGUUUACAUUCAUUACACAUUUAUUUAACUUUAUUUCCUUAAUAAUCUGAAUGCAGAUAGGAAUUUUUUAUUCCUGAAUAACAUGUAAGAAUAUUCUGAAACAUCUUGUCGACAUUUCUUUUCAAAGGGAGCUUUAUUAAAUAAGGAAUUAUAUUUAUUAUUUUUGCUUUAGUCUAUUGUUUCCAGUUUGAAACCUUUAAUUAAAAAACAUAAACCUGCAUGAAAUCAGUUAAAAACAAUAAAAGACAAAAUGGUGAA